CAUAUUUGCUUGGCAUCGCGAAUCGAUGCUUCUAUUCUACUGUACGGUAAGUGGUUUGGCUUGGCAAUUCACAUACGAUCCUCAUAUAGACCAUGAUAGCUUGUUUGAUCUUCGCGAUCCUAGGAGGAAGCGACAUAAUGAAUUGGGCUGAAUGUUAAUUCUCUUGAACUUCUCGAAGCGUUAAUGAGCCUUUUCUAUUCUGUUUCCUUCCUUAUUUUCAUUUCUCUUUCCUUCAGCUCUUGACGGGUAUCAUUUUUACUUACACUUCUCUUCUUCACCCGGGCCCGGAUCUGCCCGCUUCAUUCCCCUUUCUCUUCUACUUUCUCUUCUCGAUAAUAUUUCUGUCCGUAGUACUUUUUACCUUCAAGUAAUCAGGAUGUUGACCGUCCGUUCGUUGUCCUUGUUCUUAGCCCUCGGCCUGCUCUCCGCUGUGGAAGCGGCUCCUCAGAGCAGAGGGAGGACCGGUAGGAAGAAGGGAGGUCAGAUUAGCAAGGGCCAACAACAAGCUACAACCGCUUUUGCUCAGGCACAACAGAUACCACAAGGCGUCUCAACCGCGACAGAUGGAAGUACUAUAUUGGACACCAAUGCUACAGUGAAUGGCCUCCCUCUACGCUUCAAAGUCUCCGCGCCCGCGGAUCAAUUCACAACGGACUCAGGCGUGGCAGGCGCUACACAAGCUGCCGGAGCGGCUGGUAACUUAGGUUUGAACGUGCUCUUGCACGGCGACGGCGGGCAGUCCUUCUUUGACUUCCCCAACCAAGCUGUACAAGACGGCCUAGCCGGCGUUGCCGUUCUCGCCCCAGAUCCAAACCUCUUCUGGGGUGGCGGUUCCGGUCUCGACCGAACCGACGGUGUCGCACACUCGCAAGCCGUCGCCGACCUCAUCGCCAACGUGCUACCCAGCAUGGUAGCUUUCGACGCCAACAAGGUCAGUUUCACCGGUGUGUCCGGCGGUUCGCUUCUGCUCUCCGGCUUUUUCAUGCCGGCACACAUGGCCCAAUUCGCGGGCGCCGCGGGCCAGGAGUCGCAAGUCCUACUCAACUGCGGCGGUCUCGAACCCCAAGUCGAUGUCUCAGCGGACAACGCGGCAGCGCUCGCCGCCACGCGCGUCCAUUUCCAAAGUACGCAGCAGGAGCUCUCGCUACUACAGCCCGCCAUUCCCGCCGCGAUCCAGGCGUACGAACAAAUCGUGACGGGGCAAGGACUAGCCGCCGAUGCGGUCGGCGCACUACAGACGGUGGACAACUCGCCCAACGGCGGUCACUGCGAGUUCGACGAGAAGGACUUCGUAUCCGGUGUUCAACUCAUGGCCGAUUCGUUCUCGGCUGUCGUCCAGGGCGGCGAUGGUGUCCUCGCCGGAACAAAUGUAAAUGUCCUAAAUCCCGUUGUUGGGAACGAGGAUUUGGUCUUCUCGGGCGCAUCGUAGAAAAGGAGAGAUGAUGGAGAAAGGGCGAUAUAGGGAUUUUGUAUAAAAGUAAACUCUUAUGCUAGACGAGAACAGAAAAAGGUCCAGCUGUAAGAUAUGGCUCCCGGUGUUCUUGUUAUAUGCCAUUGUGUACAUGUGCCCCCUGCUUUUUGUAAUUGUGGAAUUCGCUGCCUAUCUUUUGGUACUUAGGUACUUAAAUAUCUGGGG